AUGGAUGCUCUGCCUGCCUCCUCCCCUGAGCCGGGGGGCGAGGAGGAGGAGGAGGAGGGUGAGGUGCUCAGUGCUUUGCUGGCAGAGCUGUCGGUGCUCACCGGCGGCACUGCGCCUGCUGCUGUCCACCCCCAUCUGGCCUGGCUCUACCAGGCCCCGGGGAGCGGUGGCACGGUCUCGCAGGCCCCCAGCCGCUCCUCUGCCCUCAAGCCUGCAGAGGCACCUGUGGGGCCUGGUGGGAGGAGUGGAGCUGCCAGCCCUCGAGUCAAGCAAGGCCAGCAAGAGGCCACCUCACCAGCGUUUUCUCAGGCUGGGAGAGGACCUAAGAAAGCUGUACCCCAGGGAGAGACAGGGUCUGAAAGGAACUGCAAAACUAACAAAAACAGACCUCCCAGAAGGAAACUGUUGUAUGGGCUGACAAAUACGCUGAGGCUACGGCUGCAGCAGACCAACCCCGAUAAGCUGAUAAUUCAUGAAAGGAGAGAGCAGUACAGAAAAAAGCAAAUGGAGAUGCUGAAGGAGAGAAGCCCUUUAUCCAAAAGAAAGCUGCUCAAAAAUGCUGGAGAACAGCAUGUGGUUUCUUACAGGCAUUGUAUCAAGGGAGACAGUUCAAAGCAGAAUAAUCAGUUUAAGAAAACUGUUGGGACUUCAUUACAAAACAGUGUGCUCUCAGAGUGCAUUUCUGUGACUGGAGAUGUGUCCCCUGACCUGCAGGAACAGGCUACUGCAAGACCAUUGAAGAAUGAUGAAAUAGCAAGCAAGGAACGUUCAUGCAAAGUCACUACAGACCCCUUAGUGGAUGAACCUGUACUUAAAUCUGCUCACAAGGAAAAGUAUGCGAAAGCCCAACUCCCAGCAGCUUUCCCAUCAGAUGCUAAUGCAAAGGCAAGUAAUGAGGAAGCAAUACACUUAAUCCAUCGUAAAACUACAGAGCAUGAUGAUGCGUCUGUUGUAAGCGAUCAUAAACCAAGCCCCAGCAGGAGUGUUGAAAGCAACUCUGAAUUCAUAUACUCUGAUGACUUUGUUGGUAGUCCUGAGAACAACACAGUUUAUUCAGAAGAUUUCACCAGCGCUGAGUUUACGGGCAGAGACUUGGAAGCUCUUGACAGCAGUCCUGAACCUCUGCAGCUUGAAAGCCCAGAGCGAGGUUCGUCAGAUACAGAGCCGGAAUCGAGCAGGUCCAGAAUUUCAAAGACAAAUCAAAGAGCUGAAAGUAUUUCAGAUCUUCUGCCAGUUCCUUCAGCUUCAUCUCCAGUCCAGUCUUUGAAGAGAAACAGUAAUUUAAAAACCAGCAAGAGAACUAGUGGUGAAUCUAUUGAUUCACUUAACCUUGCUCAAAUGGAGGCAUUGUUAUUAGAUGAAGAACAGGAAGCUCAACAGAUCAGUAAGGAAGAGAACAGCGUUGAUCAGCAUAUUAAACAAGUAUCUACACAGAGAAGCAAACAAGUUAGCUCUGAUACUGAUCUGAAUAUAGGAGAGGGGCAGACCUCUGCAGGAAAAAGCCAGUCCAUAACUGAGUUUAGCUCUUACUUGCCAUCUAAUAUGUCUGAUCUUCAACUUAGUGUCCUGGAAAACAGUAUUUCAGACAAAGAGGAUGAUUUUCUGGGAAAACUCUGUGUUCCUAAUCAAUACAAAGACAUCAGUGAACUUGUAAUAAACAAGCUUCCGGGAUACACAAUGUAA